AUACUCAGAGUCAACGGAACAAUGGCGAUUGAAGGUGAAACCCAGAACGAAAUUCAAAUAAUCUCCUCCGAUGAUCUUACCGCUCGACUAUUGACGGAAUCAGAGAGAGACGAGACUGCUCACGACGAAUUCAACGGAGCUUCUUUCAGCGGAGCGGUUUUCAAUCUCGCCACGACGAUCAUCGGUGCCGGUAUCAUGGCUUUGCCCGCGACGAUGAAGAUCCUCGGACUUGUUCCCGGAAUCGCGUUGAUCGUUCUCAUGGCUUUCUUGACCGACGCGACGGUCGAGUUCUUGCUCAGGUUCAGUAGAAUCGGGAAGAAAAGAUCUUACGGAGGCUUAAUGGAAGAUUCUUUUGGUAAACCCGGAAGGGUUAUGUUGCAAGUCGCUGUUUUGGUGAGCAACAUCGGCGUUUUGAUCGUUUACAUGAUCAUCAUUGGUGAUGUUUUGGCUGGGAAGAAUGUAUAUGGAAUCCACCAUCCUGGUAUGCUUGAAGGAUGGUUUGGUGAAAAAUGGUGGAACAGAAGAACUUUUGUUCUUCUCGUUACUACUCUCUCUGUGUUUGCUCCAUUGACAUGCUUCAAACGGAUUGAUUCUUUGAGAUUCACAUCUGCUAUAUCAGUUGCUUUAGCGGUUGUUUUUCUUGUCAUCACUGCGGGAAUCGUCGUCCUGAAGCUGUUCAGUGAUGGUUUGAUGAUGCCAAAGCUUCUACCAAAUGUCACUGACUUGGCCUCGUUUUGGAAGCUCUUCACUGUUGUUCCAGUGCUUGUCAACGCAUACAUUUGUCACUACAACGUUCACAACAUACAGAACGAGCUUGAAGACGCUACUCAGAUCAAACCCGUUGUUCGAUCAGCUCUUACCAUGUGCUCUUCUGUUUACAUAAUGACAAGCUUAUUCGGAUACCUCUUGUUCGGUGAAUCAACUCUUGACGAUGUUCUUGCGAACUUUGACACCGAUCUUGGGAUUCCUUUUGGUCCGGAGCUAAACGAUGCGGUCAGAUUCAGCUACGCGGCUCAUCUCAUGCUUGUGUUCCCCAUUGUCUUCUAUCCUUUGCGGGUUAACAUCGACGGUCUCUUGUUCCCCACGGCUCCGUCACUUACUUCCUCUAACCUGAGGUUUGGCUCUAUCACUGCCGGUCUCAUUGCUGUAAUCUUUGUUUGUGCAAACUUCAUUCCAAGCAUUUGGGAUGCUUUUCAAUUCACUGGAGCAACCACUUCUGUCUGCCUCGGCUUCAUAUUCCCUGCUGCUGUUGUCUUGAAGGAUCGUCAUAGCAGAGCAACGAACAGGGACAAGACUGUAGCCAUUUUCAUGAUCGUUCUUGCGGUUUUCUCCAAUGCAAUCGCCAUUUACAGUGACGCCUACGCCUUGUUGAAGAAGAACAUGUCCACGUUUCCGAUAUGA